AUGGCCUCAAUGCACAAUCCAUGCCAGGAUAUAGGUGCGUAUAGUAACUCCGCCUUGUCCACCACUGGUGCCGACGCAGAUCCUUCAGAUCCCUUGGAUCUUGGCCGUCAUCGACGCAGCAACGUUACGAAAAGCCAGUUAAAAAGCGACUACCCCAACAGCGACGGGGGGAAACUCCAAAAGUUUUAUGUGCAACAAAACAAACUCAUCGACCAGUUUCUCGGCGCCGAGGAUGAAGAACGUCUUCAGGUCGAGGAGGAUGCCCGUAUGGGCCCUAGGAUAAAAUUGGCCGUCAACGCCUCCUUCCUAGUUAACUUCGGGCUCUUCAUCAUCCAGGUCUAUGCUGCUGCAUCAACCGGCUCCCUAUCUGUGGACCUCGUGUCGUCCUUUAUCAUAUGGAUAACAUCCCGUGUAGCUGCCCAGCCCAAUGUAUACAAGUACCCAGUGGGCCGCACAAGAAUCGAAACGAUCGGCAUCAUUCUCUUCUGCUCGCUGCUGACUACCGUAGCGGUUGAGCUUCUUAUCGAGUCCAUAAGAACACUAGCAGCGGGGGGUAGGGGGUCAGAGCAGCUCCAGAUCAUACCAUUGGUAUUUGUGGGCGUGGCGAUCUUUGCCAAAAGCACCCUGAUGGUAUACUGCUUCUUCUACCGCAGGUAUCCAUCUGUCCAUGUCUUCUUCAUUGAUCACCGGAACGACAUCCUCGUCAAUAGCUUCGGUUUGACUUUAUCCAUCGUCGGAAAGAACCGUGACGCUUGGUUUGCAGAUCCCACGGGCGCUAUCAUUAUUGCCUUGAUUAUACUCUUCUCAUGGGUCUCCAAUGCCUUUGAGCAGGUAUGGCUUCUCGUAGGGAGAUCGGCACCAGCAGAUUUCGUCUCCAAACUUAUCUACCUUGCUAUGACACAUGACUCCCGGAUACUCAAGGUCGACACAUGCCGAGCGUACCACGCUGGCCAGCGGUACUAUGUGGAGGUUGAUAUCAUCAUGCACACGGAUACGCCGCUCAGGAUCUCGCAUGACGUUAGCCAAUCACUCCAAAGGAAGUUCGAAGGCUUGAGCGAUGUCGAGCGAGCGUUUGUACAUGUUGACUAUGAGUGCGACCACGAUCCCUACGAAGAGCACAAAAAGCUCUAUAAAGUAGACACUGAAAGCCGAAGCCUGAAAGAUAGACUACUAUUCUGGCGGAGACCUCAAUGAGUCUCGGAGAAGUCCAAGGAGAAGAAGUUUGCAAUAGGCUGGACAACAGUGCAGCGGUUGUAGGAGCGGGUGGGAUGGAUUGGUGUUGGCGAAGCUCCCAAGGAAGUUUCGGGCACAAUAGAGCAAGAUGCAGGGUGCUAUGAACAGGAAAAGGACGACAGCAUGAAUGAGGUUACGGCAGUGAUGAUGAUGAUGAUGAUGAUGAUGACGACGACGACGACGAUGAGUAUUAUUAUUAUCAAUAUGAACAGCUCCCACGCCCCUAUCUAUGAUCAGUGACCAGUGAUGGGCUUGUGAUGAGGUUCAGCCUCGACCAUGUGGCUCAAACACGUGGCUAGGAG